AUGAUCUGCGCUCUCCUGCGGGCGGUGCAGCGCACUGACAGGCUGCCCAGGGCCGCGGGGCCGCGAGGGUUCUGGACCCGCCCGGUGCUCAGCGAAGCCUGUGUGAAGACUGAACCCUGCUGGAGGUGGGGGCUGCCCGAGCCGCGGAACGCUGUCGUGCCCGCACGUGUCUGUGGGGUCACCCCAAGAACCAUUUGGACGCAGGCACGGGGUCCACUGAAAGCAAAGGAGGACGACAGCAAACAAGUGUCUGUGCACAGAAGUGCAAGCGGGCCGACCACCGUGUCGACGUCACAAAGAGUGAAGGAAGCAGGAAGAGAUUUUACCUACCUGGUAGUGGUGCUUAUUGGAAUCGGCAUCACAGGUGGCCUCUUUUACGUGGUUUUUAAAGAACUCUUUUCUUCAUCCAGCCCUAAUAAGAUAUAUGGGAAAGCCUUAGAGAGAUGCCGGUCACACCCUGAGGUCAUUGGAGUGUUUGGUGAGCCCAUCAAAGGCUAUGGGGAGAUGACCCGUCGAGGGCGGCGGCAGCAUGUCAGUUUCAUCGAGUACCUCAAAGAUGGGCUGCAUCACAUACGUCUCAAGUUCUACAUCGAGGGCUCAGAGCCGGGCAAGCGGGGCACGGUGCACCUGGAAGUGAAGGAGAACCCUGAGAGCGGCGAGUAUGAAUUCUGCUACAUAUUCGUAGAAGUUGAAGGCUACCCUAGGAGAACAAUCGUCAUUGAAGACAAUCGGGCCUGA